GCCAUUCUUCUGUCCCUUCUUCUCUGUAUCAGUAUUUCUACGAUCCGUCCGUUCCCAAUAGCAAGGAUGGCCACCGGCGUCGUAACAUCAACUGCCUUUAAAUUGGAGGAAUGGUUGGGUUUGGUUCCAACCGGAUUACCUCAACUUACGGACAUAUUUACCCCUCCGCCUAAUUGCUCAACUCAGUGGGUACGCGCGGAUGGGGACUACAUUAUUAGCGGAGACACUCGUUUUACGGGUUACGAAUCAUCUGCCUUGCCCAGCGACUACAACGCACGUUGCCUUCCCUAUGGACAGACAACCCCAAAGUAUAGUCCUGGGAUAUGUACUGCGGGUCAAAUUGUGGCCAAGAUAAACGAGCUUCGCUUCCAAGACUCCGUUGUCUGGGAAGGACUCUGUUGCGAUAGGUGAUCACUCAGUUCCAAAAUGCUGUCGACUUGGGCCAUCUGACAUCCGCCGCAGUGGAAUGACGGUUCCAACUGUGACGAUUGCUGCGUCGGACCCCUGCGAAAAAAUAAUCAGAACUCCUAUGGCGGUCCUCACACAGUUUACAACCACUUUGACCCAAUCUGGGCCCUGUGAAAGUACACAAAAUGGAGAAGUUUUCACAUUCUGGGCCAUCGACAUCUCGACGUCACUCUGUAAAGUGGUCACCGACGGUGGAUUUGGAUCUGUCAUCGAUACUUGGUUGAGGCAACCGCCAAGUGAAAUGACGUCUGGCACAGCACUUGCAAGUCCGUUAAGGGUGUAUUGGCAGUCCAGCGAUUUGUCUUCAUUCCCUAGUGACUACGCGUCGUCGCUCGCUUCAGUGAUCGGAGUUCCAUUUGGGGACACGUCCACGAAACCAACUAACACUACAACCCCACCAUCCGCACCUCCAUCCACCAAAUCCAACCGCAAAAGCUCUAGUCGGAGCCCCGGAGCCAUAGCUGGUAUAGCCGUUGGGGUUGGCGCAUUGGUCAUAGCCAGCAUUGUGAUUCUCCUGUACCUUAGGCGAAGAAGAAAGCGACAACGACGUCUACAGCACCCGGACGUGCCGGAGAUGGAAGGAAGCUCAAGAGGGUUGAAGCGCUUCAUGGGCGGGAAGUGGAGAGCUGAGACAGACGGGACCUCACAGCCGGUGGAAGCUGGAUCAGGAAGUGUGGUGAUUAUUCCAGGGCCACCUGUUGAGUUGGAUGGCACGCAGCGGGAAAGAGAUCAAUAGCCGCAUACUGAGUAUGGAGAAGGAGAGACGCGGCACAAUGCCAUAUAGAUUGACAUGAUGGAAGAAGACGCGAUAGAAGUUUUGCGAAUAUGUUGCACGGAUGAGAAUUGAUGGAUCGCAGACGCGACAUCUUACCAACGAGAGUAUACGCCAUUCACUCAAACGGGGCGCGGUCUUGUCUCGCGAUGGUGAUUGGCGUCUGGAGGUUUUCUUGGUGCACAGCCUGAAGGUACUCAC